CCCGUGCUCCCACUUCCACUGCUACAGCAUCGCACGGACACCACAUGAAUCGAAAUCUCACAAGAAAAGAAUAGGAGACGCCAAUUUGAUUUGGUUUCUUAGUGCAAUAUUUUAGAUUCUUUUCUAUCUCGCUCCCCUUUCUUUUCCCCCUCGUUGCCUUUUCACCGCGUCUGUGUGUGUGUGAGAGAGAGAGAGAGCUGCUCUAAUGAUACGAGAUCCGAGGAGGAAAGCAGUAGCCAGCGUAUGUGGAGCCUUUCUCUGUUUGUUUCUUUCAAUUGCCUGCGAAGUUGCGUGAUUCUUGCUAUGAUGGGGAGAGUUUCACUGUGAUCGGGGGGAUAAUUGGCGGCAAGAUUGCAUCUUGGGGUUUCGAAGCAGCAGGGUUUGAGUCGAGGAGGUGAAUUGAGCUCGGUGGUGGAGUUUAUACACACGUUUCUGGUUGGAUUUUCUUAGAGACUUUGAUCGAGUAGAGAUAGACAGGGUUCUUGGUGUUUUGUGGCCGCUCUUGAUCGACUUCGAGAGGAGAUUUUUGGCAGAAGAAAAAAGGAAUUUCUCUGGUUCUCCAUUCUGCGCCGGAAAUUUCUCCUUUGUCCAAUCGCGUCCUGAACAAGGAAUCCCAAUGAUAGAACGAAUCUUGUGUUGUGGAGGAGAUGAAGACUUGGCUUGCUUGAUAGCAUUCUCCCAAGACUAGUUAGAGUUGUUGUUUCCCACGCUUGCUUUCGGUGAAUCCAUCAAUGAAGGACCACGAUCGAUGCCUGGACUCCCAGCUCUGGCAUGCUUGCGCUGGCGGGAUGGUUCAGAUGCCGGCCGUGAAUUCAAGGGUCUACUACUUCCCCCAGGGUCAUGCUGAGCACGCCCAAGGGGUUGUGGACUUUGGGACCUCUCGGCAGAUACCGCCUCUCAUCCUCUGUAGGGUGACUGCAGUCAAGUUCAUGGCUGAUAAGGAGACGGAUGAGGUCUUUGCCAAGAUCCAGAUGGUCCCCAUCAGCAACAGCGAGCUGGACUGUGGCGAAGACGGCUGCUUGGAUCUUGGUAUGAACGGAAUUGAUUCGCAAGAAAAGCCUACAUCUUUUGCCAAGACACUGACGCAAUCGGAUGCCAACAAUGGUGGUGGAUUCUCAGUCCCUCGCUAUUGUGCUGAGACCAUCUUCCCUAGGUUGGACUACUCAGCGGAACCCCCUGUGCAGACUGUGAUUGUGAAGGAUGUACAGGGCGAGGUCUGGAAAUUUAGGCAUAUAUACAGGGGGACACCACGCCGGCACCUGCUCACCACUGGAUGGAGUACCUUUGUAAACCAGAAGAAGCUGGUGGCCGGGGAUUCGAUUGUGUUCCUCAGAGCAGAGAACGGAGAUCUACGCAUUGGGAUCCGGCGUGCCAAAAGAGGUGGGGUUGGUGAUGGCCCCGAGACACCUUCUGGGUGGAAUCCUCCGGGUGGAAGUGGUGUCUCUGGCUAUGGUGGAUUCUCUGUCUUCCAAAGGGAGGAAGAGAGCAAUUUGAUGAGAGGUACUGGUGGUAAUUUUACCUCGAGCAGGGGUAUGAGAGGAAGGUGCCGAGUGACGGCAGUUUCUGUGGUUGAAGCAGCAACCUUUGCGACUAGAGGGCAUCCCUUUGAGGUUGUAUACUACCCAAGAGCCAAUACGCCUGAGUUCUGUGUGAAGGCUGCGGCAGUGACAGCAGCGAUCAGGACCCGGUGGUCACCAGGGAUGAGAUUUAAGAUGGCUUUUGAAACCGAGGAUUCAUCAAGGAUUAGUUGGUUCAUGGGGACUAUAUCUUCAGUUGAGGUUGCAGAUCCUGUAAGAUGGCCUAAUUCACCAUGGAGACUUCUUCAGGUGACUUGGGAUGAACCAGACCUGUUACAGAAUGUGAAACAUGUGAGCCCAUGGCUAGUUGAGCUGGUCUCACACAUGCCAGCCUUAAAUCUUGCACAUUUCUCCCCACCCAGCAAAAGACCGCGGAUACCCCAACACCCUGAUUUCCCCUUUGAAAGUCACUUUCCAACUCCAAUGGUCCCUGGAACCCCCCUUGGGCCUAGCGACAGCAUCUUUUGUUGUAUUUCUGACAGCGCUCCUGCAGGCAUACAGGGAGCCAGGCAUGCAAAUUUUGGUUUAUCUUUAUCAGAUCUCCACCUUAACAAACUGCAGACGGGCCUGUUCCAUGCUGGGUUUCACCGGCUUGAUCAUGCUACCCCACCCUCAAGGAUAUCAACGGGUGUUAUUGUCAGCAAUUCCACCUUUCAUGAUAACAAUGUAUCUUGCUUGCUAACAAUUGGUCAUCCUUCUCAGAGCCUGAAGAAAUCAUGUAACAGAAAGCCACCACAAUUAGUGCUCUUUGGGCAGCCAAUACUCACUGAACAACAGGUAUCUUUGAGCAAACCUGAGAACAUAUUCUCCAUUGGUGCUGCUGGAAAGAAUUCACCAGACGGGAAUCUUGAGAAUAUGAAUGUGUCUGAUGGCUCUGGAUAUGCAAUAGGUCAAAAGGGGCCAUGUUUUAGGAAUUGUCGAAAUUCAUAUCUCAGUCUUCAGACUGGGCAUUGCAAGGUUUUUAUGCAAUCAGAAGACAUCGGUCGCACCCUUGACCUCUCUGUCUUUGGUUCAUAUGAGGAAUUAUAUGGGAUGCUUGCUGACAUGUUUGGAAUUGAGAAGUCAGAGAUAAUGAGCCAUGUGCUUUACAAGGAUGCAGCUGGUGCAAUUAAACACACCGGAGAUGAACCAUUCUGUGACUUCAUCAAAACAGCCAGGAGGUUGACAAUAUCGACUGACUAAGGAAGCUGACGACGAAGCAAGUUUGUGGAAUCUCUUGCCAACUGUACAGUUGAAUGAGCAAGUCUCGGAGUGCCAACAUCAUGCGCGCUUCAUUCUUCGAUGCUGAUUUUAUGUAACCAUAGCCGCUUCUCAGUUAUACAUCAUCGAUCUGCAGUAUCAAAUUUGCAACUAAGCAAUAGUCGUUAUCAUUUUUAUUUACCAGAAGGGAUGGUUCAUAUGUUCUAUUCUUGCUUGAUAUUACUGCCUCAGUAACUGUUGCAGCAAAAGCACAAAAUUUCAUUUUUAAUCAAGAUGAUCUGUUCUUAUGAUUUAAACUGUGGUAUGUACCUUUCUUGUCAUGCACACAGAAGAAGGUUUUACUCCAUCCUAAAUGUAGCAGAAAAUAUAAUGAAAACUGCUGUAAUGUGUGUACACUAUGAAUCAUUGGGAUGCGUUGUUCA